UUUUGGUUGUGAAAAAGUGGCAGUUAUUAUAGCAUUAGAAAAACAACGGGUAGAAGAAGAAGAAGAAGAAACAAAAAAGAGGAUGCAUAAGUGCUGCACGAGUGUUUGAGGAAGCUUUGGCAUUUGAUUGAUUUGAUCAUCCAAACCUAUUUUUAUUUCCUUUCGCCAUUUUGUUAUAUUUGGCUUCUGUGGUGGUUGAUUUUUGUAUUGGUCUUCCAUUUAUCCUUUUUCUUCAAUCUUUAUCUCCCUGGUUUACUUGGUCUAUGUCUCAACAAAGAGAAUUUCAAAUUGUGGGUGGGAACAAUCCAGAGCAGUUCAAUGACACAACUUUUACGAAAAUCUUUAUUGGUGGAUUGGCGUGGGAAACUCAAAGAGAUACCAUAAGGCGUUAUUUUGAGCAAUUUGGAGAGAUUCUUGAGGCUGUUGUGAUCACAGAUAAGACUACUGGGAGAUCCAAGGGUUAUGGAUUUGUUACCUUUAAGGAUCCAGAGGCAGCUAUGAGAGCAUGCCAAAACCCUGCACCUAUUAUUGAUGGAAAGCGGGCAAACUGCAAUCUUGCUUCCUUGGGUGCUCAAAAGACUCCUCCAAUGAUUUCUCAACAAGGGGCGGGACGGUUUAGACCAGCACAUGGUCCUGGAUUGACGGCACCGCCUAGCUAUCAUGGUUCCCCAUCAGCUUAUAUCCAACAACCUGCCUGUCAAUAUUCAAUUCCUUACUCAGCUUAUGGGUACACCGGAUUUUCACAAGAAAGCAUUUAUCCUUUGAACUAUUAUAGUCUCUAUGGAGGUCAACAGAUUUCACCUUACUACACUUCUGGGGCAUCAAUAACACCAGGGAUGUUUCAUAAUUUUUUUCCACUUUAUGCACAAAAUAAUCAAGCUCAUGGUUUUGGAGUUCAAUAUCCGCAAAUCGUACAAUACCCGUAUUUGCCUCAACAAUAUAGCUCAACGAUAAACCUGUCACUUCCAUCUUCAAUGCCAAUGGCAGCAACUACCACAGGAACUGCAGCGACGGCGGCAACGACAUCAACACCACCAUCAACAACAACAACGCCACCUACAGCAAUAGGGGUAGUGGGAAUGUGAUCAAGCCAUUCACAAGCUACUGAAAACAAACCAACGUCCACAUCAACAAUGAAUAUACCACCACCACCUACAGCAUCAACGACAACAACAACCAGGGUAAUGGGAAAAAGGAUAGGUCCCUCACAAGCUUCCCAAACACCUACUGAAAAGAAACCAUCAUUUUAGUCAUAACUGAAGAUAAUCAAGACCUUUGAGGUAUGUGGUGUCUUUUAUAAGAUAAUCAAGAUCUUUUGAAAGGGACUUAAGCAAAAAGGAAACAUUUAGCAUAACAAGAGGCAUAACUGAAGAAAUUCCAGCAAGGGAUUUGUUUAGUCAAGGAACAUGCGUCUAAACCUCACUAAUUCAUCACCUAAUUUAGACAUCAAAA